AUGCCAAUUCCCAUCCAUUUCAUCUCCACAGCUGGCGUGGCUCACUUCAACAAAACCGGUGCACUCCUCCCCCAAUCUCUCAAAGACACACCGCCACCUGCUAUACAAGACACCACUACAGCGACUGGGCUAGGGUAUAUCUCCUCAAAAUGGGCAAGCGAGGUAUAUCUCGAGUCAUGCGCAUCGACAUUCAGCCUUCCCGUCACCAUCCACCGGCCGGCGAGUAUAGUCGGCCAGGACGUUCCUGCAACGGACCUGGUGCAUACCAUUCUGGAUCUGUCGGUGAAGACCUCUUCUCUACCCAGUUUAAAUGGUGCAGAUAUGCUCAACAAGCCUCGUAUGAUCGCAUCCCACUGUAGAUCACCCGGGGUAUCUGGCUCGAGUGGCUUGGUUGGAUCGUCGGCGUUGGGGGCCGGACAGUCGAGACCAGGGAACCUCGCACCUCCUUUCCUGUCUAGGACUAGAGGACGCUUGUCCAGGCCUGCAGAAUGUCGGAUGCUGUCCGUUGAUACUAUUAAAUGCAGAAUGCCACGACCCAAGUGUGGAAGACGCACAGUCCAGGGCCAAAUGCGUCAUGUCUAUGGCCGAGCACAUAAGGGUAUAGGCUCAUGCAUGGCAAUCUCUCCUCCCGUCGACAUGUUUUGA